AUGAUUGGAGAACUUUUCUUCUUGAGGUUUAUGUUUUUUGCUAAAGGCUUGUGGUGGAUCAUAUUGCUGAGAGCUUAUGGAAAACUCACCGGUGACUACACGUUGCAAGAGAGAAUUGAUGUUCAGACAGGGAUCAAGUUGAUCCUCAAGCUGCGUCUAGCUGACGGUUUCGACAUGUUCCUAACUCUUCUUGUGACUGAUGGGUCAUGCAUGAUUGAUAGAAGAAUGGGCAUUCAUGGCCAUCCACUUGAAAUCCAAGCAUUUUUAUACUCAGCUCUCCUCUGUGCUCGUGAGAUGCUCAACGUGAACGAUGAAACCAAGAACUUAGUCGCUGCCGUCAACAGUCGCCUAAGUGCUUUAUCCUUCCACAUCAGAGAGUACUAUUGGGUCGACAUCAAGAAGAUAAACAAGAUUUAUCGUUACAGCACUGAGGAGUAUUCACCGGAUGCGACCAACAAGUUCAACACAUAUCCAGAGCAGAUCCCUUCUUGGCUUGUGUACUGGAUCUCCAACAGAGGAGGUUACUUCAUAGGAAACCUCCAGCCUGCUCACAUGGAUUUCAGAUUCUUCACGCUUGGGAACCUCUGGGCUAUGAUUUAG